CUUGGUGCGAUGAGGAAACUGAGGCCCAGAGAGGUUAAGUGUAUUGGCCAAAGUCAAACAGCUACUUAGGAGCCAUGUCCACUUUGUUCCCUUCCCUGUUCCCUCGUGUGACUGAGACAUUGUGGUUUAAUCUGGAUCGACCCUGUGUGAAGGAGACAGAGCUGCAGCAGCAGGAGCAGCAGGAGCAGGCCUGGCUCCAAAACAUCGCAGAGAAAGACAACAGCCUGGUACCUAUUGGCAAGCCAGCCUCAGAGCACUAUGAUGAUGAGGAAGAAGAGGAUGAUGAAGAUGAUGAGGACAGUGAAGAGGAUUCAGAAGAUGAUGAGGACAUGCAGGACCUGGAUGAGAUGAAUGACUAUAAUGAGUCACCUGAUGAUGGAGAGGUCAAUGAGGUGGACAUGGAAGGCAACGAACAGGAUCAGGACCAGUGGAUGAUCUAGGUAGACAAGCCAAGGUGGCCUCAGGGUGAUUCCAGGCCACCCCAACCUAUCUUGCAUCCACAGCUUCAGCCCCUCAGCCUGCAGAACCAGCUUGUGGCUGUAGUAUCUAAAGCUUUCCCUUAGGCACUUUCUCAGCUGCUGCCAGGACAAGGUUUCCUUGGGCCCUCCCAGGCCAUCAGUCUUCCCUUGAAUCCCUAGGGCCUGAGCCCAUCCCACCUUCCUGGCUGGUACCUCAUUCCUUGGUUGCCAAGUAUGGUCCCUUUCUAACCCUCUUUAAUAAAGACACAGGACUG